UCUAUUAUUAAGCUUAAAUGUUAAAAUGUAAUAUUGUCGAUGAAGGGCCGAAGGAAGGGUUCUUACAGCUGCCGUGCCAAUUUCCCGCCGCCCUGCCCCAUUUACUUGGCGUUCAGUUCCAGACGCUAGAUGAUAUCUCCUGUUCCGCCAAUUUAGAGUUGGAGCUCCGGUCCCAAAGAUUCCCUCUGCUAUCAGACGGCUUCACAGUCUGUGCAGGUUUGUCUAUUAGCUUCAACGUACGCGUUGGAGUAUCGAGAUGCAGAGCGGCGCUGAUUGAUCUCAUAUCGCGCGAAGGGGGUUUGCCCCAAGUAGGUGGAGAAGAAGGAGAAUGGAUAGGGAGAAGCGAGCAGUUAGUGGGGAAGGAGCUGUGGACGGGCGCUCGUUUUUGUGCUGGCUAGAGCGGAGAUCGUUCGGGCCAUUACAGGUUCGUUACUCUUUUUCUCUAAAAAAUGUGUGUUUUGGAAUGCUAGGAAAUUGUGAGGAGAUUAGGAGAUUGCAAAAGAUAUAAUUUUAAAAUUGAAGGUUGGUGGAGAUGCCGAUCUAAUGCUCAAGUGCAUGAGACCUUAGCUUUAAUAACUAUACGAAGGGCUUUUAUCAUUUCUGCUUAUGUGUAACUUGAGAAUACCAGCUGUCGUGCUUGACACGAAGGGCGUAGAGAACACUAAGCCCUUUUUAAUGUGUUUGCAAGAGUAAUGGUUGAUUGAUGAUUGGUAUACCUCUUGUCUUGAUCAAAGUGCAUGGUUAUGCCAUUGUGAAACUGCUUUAUGUUGGAAUUAUGAAUUUGAUAAUGAAUGUGAGUUCGAUUAAGGGUCUGUAUGGGGUGGUUAUAGCUGUCUAUAAAGCUAAUUGUGAAACUGCUAUAUGAGAAGCUAGUAUUUGAAAUUAUCAUGUCUUUUUUUAAUAUAAAUGAUAAAAUAUACAAUUUUGGUUUAAGGUGCAGAAUUCAGUUGCAAUGCUAGAACAGAGGAUGACGAGCUUGUUUACAAAAAGUUGUUCUAGAUAGAUAACUUUUCUGAAACACUAUUGAGAAGUUGUUAGCCAAAUCCUAGAAUGGUUGCAUUUUUAAAAGCAAUGUUAGCAGAUAGUUGCCCCAAAUAAAUCCUGGAUCAAAUAUAAUUGCUCACAUUUGGUCUUUCCUAGAGCA